AUGUCCCUUGGCCUACACAUGAUGGACGUAGGGGGAAACGCUGGAGGUUUAGCUGUAAACAAUAAACUCAGAGCAAUGAUUCCCAAUAAAAGCAGAGGAGAAUUCACCCGCAAUCUUAGAAAAGACUCAGAGGGCUUCUCUGAAUCCCCAGACCUGGAGUUUGACUACGCAGACACAGAUAAGUGGGCUGCAGAGCUGUCAGAGCUGUACAGUUACACUGAAGGCCCAGAGUUUGCCCUGAACAGAAAGUGUUUUGAAGAAGAAUUCAGAGAACAGGUGUGCGAUAAGAAAUGGACAGAACUGGAUGCAGCACAGCACAGAGCUCAUGCCAUGCGAUUACUGGAUGGUCUGGAGGUAAUUGGCAGAGAGAAAAGGCUCAAAGUUGCCAGAGCAAUUCUCUAUAUGGCUCAAGGAACAUUUGGCGAGUGCUCCUGUGAAUUGGAGGUUCAACACUGGUCGAGAUAUAACGUCUUUCUAUUGUUGGAUGUUGGAACCUUUUCAGCACUUGUGGAACUGCUCAACAUGGAAAUAGAUAACAGUGCAGCUUGCUCGAGUGCAGUGAGGAAGCCAGCAAUCUCCCUCGCAGACAGCACAGACCUCAGAGUUCUCCUGAACAUCAUGUACUUGAUGGUGGAAACUAUUCAACAGGAUGAACCGGCAGAUAAACCCGAGUGGAGAGUCAUCAAAGAAACAUUUAGAGCAGAGCUGGGAUCGCCUCUUUUCAACAAUGAGCCUAUCUCAGUGAUGCUGUUUGGCAUGGUCACAAAGUUUUGCAGUGGACAAGCCCCUCACUUUCCAAUGAAGAAGGUGCUGUUAUUGUUGUGGAAAAGCGUUCUGUUCACUCUCGGAGGUUUUGAGCAGCUCCAGAGCCUGAAGGUCCAGAGGCGAACGCAAUUGGGGCUUCCUCCUCUUCCUGAAGACAGUAUUAGAGUGGUGCGCAGCAUGAGGGCCGCGUCCCCGCCUGCCUCUGCCUCGGACCUCAUCGAACAACAGCAGAAACGAGCGCGGCGGGAGCAUAAGGCUCUGAUCAAACAGGACAAUCUGGAUGCUUUCAAUGAGAAGGAUCCUUACAAAGCAGAUGACACUCGUGAGGAUGAAGAAGACAAUGAUGACAAUGACAACUCCAUUGAGACGGAAACUUUUCCCAUGGAGCGAGACGAAGUAAUGCCUCCGCCCAUACCCCACCCCCCUUCAGAGCGCGUAUCCUUCCCCAAAGGCCUGCCCUGGGCGCCUAAAGUCAGGGAAAAAGAUAUUGAAAAUUUUAUGGAAUCAAGUAGAAGCAAAUUCAUUGGUUAUACGCUUGGAAAUGACACAGACACGGUUGUGGGCCUCCCCCGGCCAAUUCAUGAAAGCAUUAAGACUUUAAAGCAGCACAAGUAUAUCUCAAUAGCAGAGAUCCAGAUCACUAAAGAGGAAGAAUUUCAGAAAACCCCUCUCUCUGGUGGUGAAGAGGAGAUAGAAAUGUGUGCGACAGAACUUCUGUAUCAGGGCAUUCUGCCCAGUCUUCCUCAGUAUAUGAUUGCUUUGCUGAAGAUUUUGCUCGCCGCUGCUCCUACGUCAAAGGCAAAGACUGACUCCAUAAAUAUUCUUGCUGAUGUUUUGCCAGAGGAAAUGCCGACCACAGUUUUGCAGAGCAUGAAGUUAGGAGUUGAUGUGAACAGACACAAAGAAAUUAUUGUAAAAGCAAUUUCUGCCAUUCUGCUACUGCUCCUCAAACACUUCAAGCUCAACCACAUUUACCAGUUUGAGUACAUGGCUCAGCACCUGGUAUUUGCCAACUGUAUUCCACUUAUUUUGAAGUUUUUCAACCAAAACAUCAUGUCAUACAUCACAGCCAAGAACAGCAUCUCAGUUCUGGACUUUCCACAUUGUGUUGUGCACGAGCUCCCAGAGUUGACAGCAGAAAGUUUGGAAGCCGGAGACAACAAUCAGUUUUGUUGGAGGAAUCUAUUUUCCUGUAUAAAUCUCCUACGGAUAUUAAAUAAACUGACGAAAUGGAAGCACUCCAGAACAAUGAUGCUGGUUGUGUUCAAGUCUGCUCCUAUCCUCAAGAGGGCGCUGAAGGUCAAACAGGCUAUGAUGCAGUUGUAUGUUCUGAAGCUGCUCAAAGUUCAAACCAAAUAUCUGGGACGCCAGUGGAGAAAGAGCAACAUGAAAACGAUGUCGGCCAUUUACCAGAAAGUCCGCCAUCGCCUAAACGACGACUGGGCCUAUGGAAAUGACCUUGAUGCCCGGCCGUGGGACUUCCAGGCUGAAGAGUGUGCACUGAGGGCCAACAUAGAGCGGUUCAACAGCCGCCGCUACGACAAAAGCCACAGUAACCCUGACUUUCUGCCUGUGGACAACUGUCUGCAGAGCGUCCUGGGGCAGCGUGUGGACCUCCCUGAGGACUUUCAAAUCAACUACGACCUUUGGCUCGAGCGUGAAGUCUUCUCUAAACCCAUCUCAUGGGAGGAACUGCUUCAGUGA